CAUCUGCAUUGCAAAAUCCGAAUCCGAGGAUAAAAUCCUCUAAACCAGUGAGAGAGAGAGAGAGAGAGAGAGAGAGAUGGCGGUAGCAAACGCAUGGGGACCCUCACUCCCUCUCAUCAACCGCUCGUUUCUUGAUUUCUCUAUGAAGAAGGAAACGAAUCCCAACGCAUUGGGUUCGAUUCUCCAAAAACCCAUUUCAAAAACCGGCAGGACUUCGACCCUCUCUUGCUGUUGCACCAGCAGCAGCAGCACAAGCAGCAGUUCAUCUGUUUGGGAUUGGAAUCAAUGGAAUCGGCAUUUCUCGGAAAUCGAUCAGGCUGAGAGCUUCUCCUCGGUUCUUAAGUUUCAACUGGAAGAAGCUAUUGAGAAUGAGGAUUUUCAGGAAGCUGCAAAACUGAAAAUCGCUAUUGCCGAAGCAGCUUCAAAAGACAGCAUAGCUGAAGUUAUGUCUCAAUUGAAGACCGCAAUAGAUGAAGAACGCUACCAUGAUGCAUCAAGACUGUGUAGGCUUACUGCAAGUGGGCUGGUUGGUUGGUGGGUGGGAUUAUCAAAGGAUUCAAACGAUUCUAUUGGCAGAGUAGUACGAAUAACCCCGGCUGUGGGUAGAUUUGUGGCUAGGACUUACAGUCCGAGACAACUGAUUACUGCAUCUCCUGGCACCCCAUUGUUUGAAAUUUUUCUCGUCAAGGAUGCUGACCAGACAUGCAUAAUUCAGGUAGUAUUCUUGCAGCCAGUCAAAAGCAGUUCGACACUUUCCACAUCACCACUGUCAAAACCCACAGAUGGUCCAUCCACAUCUGACAAUGAGAACUCUUCUGCGAAAGGCAUCCCGAUGAAUGGAAAUGGAGAAGAAGAAAGCAAGGAGAAAAAUGCACAUACUGACGAUGCCAGUGAUGAAGGAAUAAAAAGUGUUAUUAACUUCCUUAAAGACAGAAUUCCGGGAUUGAAAGUUAAUGUUCAAGUUGUCAACAUCGAUGUAUCAGAGGAAACAGAAGGAGAGAGUGGCUCUUUGGAAAAGUUAAUACAGGAAGAUGGUGAGGAAUUAAGUUCUACUGAAAAUUCCGAAGAUGAGGCUGAUAAUGCAGAUGAUAUUCAACGUGAAACGGUUGCCAUGAGUGGAGGGAGUGCUAAUCCGAGGGAGGAAGAAAAGAAUACGGGCAUGAAACUUUUCAUUGGUGGGUUGCUACAUAAUAAGGAGGAUGUCUCACCGAAGGCAUAUGUACGGGUUCCAGCUGAGAUAAAGGAUAUGGAGAAGAAUUCUUUCGUGCUACAUAUUCCUGGGAGAGAGAGAGAUCCAGAAGUUGGUGAAGGUAAAUCAGCUAAGCUCAAGGUCGCAGCCAUUGCAGCCCAGGCAGUUUCGGAGCUUAUGCCUCUUGAUGUUGCUAAGGCGUUUUGGAGCGUGGAUAAGGCUCCUUCAAAGGUUUCUAGAGAUUUACGUGAGGUCGUCAAGCUUGUUAGUCAGGCGCAGAGGCGGAGCAGGCUAUCUGCAACUACGAUUUUUAAUCGAAUCACCGCUCCCACUGAUGAUUUAGAUCCAUUUGAUGGCUUAUAUGUGGGUGCUUUUGGUCCUUAUGGCACUGAGGUGGUACAGUUGAGGCGCAAGUUUGGUCACUGGCAUGGUUCGGAUGACACCGACAAGGGAACAGAUGUGGAGUUUUUUGAAUAUGUGGAAGCAGUGAAGCUGACAGGCGAUCUGAAUGUCCCAGCUGGCGAGGUAACAUUCCGUGCGAAAAUUGGCAAGGGGAGUCGGCUCCCAAAUCGGGGGGCCUAUCCAGAGGAACUCGGGGUGGUUGCAAGUUACAAGGGUCAAGGAAGAAUAGCGGAACCUGGAUUCCGGAAUCCACAAUGGGUUGAUGGCGAGCUACUCCAACUCAAUGGAAAGGGGCUACGGCAGCAUGUCAAAGGUGCCGAGCUUGGGUUCCUUUAUGUUGUCCCUGAACAAAGCUUCCUUGUGUUGUUCGACCGUUUGAAGCUCCCAGAGUGAAUUCCACACGACAUGCCAUGUUUCUGGUCGAUGCUUCCGACAUGGGUUGGCCACUUUUGGCCUUCUUCUGCCAAGGGUAAGGGAUGACAUUUUUUAAUGGUGGAUUUUCAACAUGUUGUAUCAAUAGCUGCAAUUCUGUUGUAGGGCCCAAGCUGCUCCAAAGUAGGGAGGAGAGGGUUUCUAUUUUGUGGAUUUAUGUUCUGAUGACCAAAGGAUGCAAGUUAUCUGUUAUAUAUAAGAGCUUGUUUUGUUUCUUUGCCUUA